AUGCGGGAGAGGGAGGAGGUGAGAGAGGUAGAAGGUAUGACUCCCACGAGAAACGUUGUGGCGAUUGGUGUGUCGGGCUGCAGUGCGUCAGGCAAAACAACACUGGCGAACCGUCUUGUGGAGCUUCUCAACUCGCCACUUCGACCAAUUAGUCUGGAUGAUUUUUUUGACGAAGAUAUGUGCGAGAUGCUGGGCACGUGGGAGGACCCACGUUGCAUGCGCAGCAGAGACUAUGCGCGGCUUCUACGCGAGAUUAGACGACGGCUUCAGAGCGACGAUCGCUGUGCUGCCGAAUGUCUACAAGAUGUGGCUGGGGCGUCUCCGUUUCUGCGCUCUCAGCCCGCCGAUCCAUCAGCGACAACUACACCGCAGGACUCUCUUUCAGAUGCUUCGUCCAAAAAGAGCGUGGACAAUUACGCGGUCCCAUUCCACGACGCUGUGGGGGCCACCGCAUUGCAUUAA